AUGCCGAAGAAGAUCAUGAAGGCUGUGAAGAAGAACAAGCCACAGGUUUGGCCUGCCUCGAAGACAGGAAAAGCUCGCGCCUUCAUGAAGUCCACUACUACCAUGAAGAAGCUCAAGCCUGUUCCUUAUGUCCGGCAUGCGGGUGUUCAGACGAAGUUUCGGAAGGAGAGAGUUCACUUUGGUGUGUCAGUUCAGGGCCUCUUCUCCAUGCGCCCGCAGGCUUUGUUUCGUGUCUUGCAGAAGGAUGGCAUCCUCCCGGACUGGAAAGGGGUGCCAGUGGCUGCGACCCCUGUCAUCUUGGGCAUGAAUCACAAACCAGUCUCUCGUAUCUACAACAACAUUGAGAUUGCUCGCAGCCGCCGUGUCAUCAAGAAGCAAAAGGAGAUCCAGUUCGGGGCGAAGAACCAAUGGCGCGAUGUGGAAGCCGAUGAAGUCGAUGUCGGCAAGGAAAUCGACUUGCAGCGCAAAAAGGCCAAAUGGGAGCAAUGGGGCGGCAUUGUGGAACGAGGCCAGCCCAACACCUUGGUUCUCUUCCGCCUCCCUCCAAAAAUUACAGCUGUGCGCUCUCCGGGCCCUGGCCCCAUCACCAAGCGAGACUGGCGACCCAUGGCUAACAAGUUCUUGGCUGGUCGAAAUGUCAUCUUGCAUACGGACGAGACCUACAAGAUGAAGGUGCCAAGUGUCCUGCACGACAAUGUGGUGCACAAGAAGAAAAAGAUGCUGGUCAAGGGCAAGCAGGUGUGGGUGAAACCCCACUACACAAAGAUUUGGGAACACAAGCUUCCCUGUGGCAAGCGUGUGACCGUGAAAGCCGGCGCACAAAUCAUCGACCGCUUCUGGGGCCACCUGCGCACCUCCCUCAAGUACGCCCCGCGCAAAGUCGGCUCCAUUGCCCUGGCGUAA